AACAUGUGGUGCAUAUUUAGCAACAAAAUAAUAUAUUUAUGAAAAAGUUAAUGUAAUGAAUGCAUUGUGUUAAUAAACCGUGUGUAAAAAUAUGAAUGUUAUUGAUUGAUUAGAUGUUUGAUUAAGGCUUUACAAAAUGUUGAUUAUUUAUUAGGUUGAUUGUUUACAUGAUUAUAUAAAUAUAGUAAAACUUGUUUGUACUAAUCUUUCUAUUCAAUUGUAAAUGUGGCUAAAAUGAUUUUUGAUUUCAUGUACAAAGAUACGGACCAAUGUCAAUCAAAUCCCUGUUUGAAUAAUGGCACAUGCGUUGAUGGUGACAGGUCCUAUACUUGUAAUUGUACUGAAAGAUGGAGUGGUAUCAACUGUGAAAUAGAUACCGACCCAUGUCAAUCAAAUCCCUGUUUGAAUAAUGGCAUAUGCGUUGAUGGUGACAGGUCCUACACCUGUAAUUGUACUGAAAGAUGGCGUGGUAUCAACUGUGAGAUAGAUAUAGACGAAUGUUUGUAUCAGCCAUGUGAGAACAAUGGUGAGUGUGUAAACGAAAUCAAUGGAUUCGUAUGUUUUUGUGCUGAUGGAUACGAGGGAUAUAGAUGUCAGAAUGAAGUUGGAGAUCAACAACAAGUUGGAGAUCAAACAACAUUGAUAGUUGUACUGAUAUCUUUAAUUUGCGUUUUAUCAAUUGUUGUUCUCGCUACUGUAUGCUGCUGUUUAAGGUAUAGAAGAAAACAUAAAAAGACUAAAUCGGACGCUUCGAAUGUACUUAAUAGUGGUAAAGGAGGUUUGCAAAACACUAAAGAAGUUGAAGCCGUACAAACAGAAAUGGAAGAAGGGCAAUACAUCGAGGAUGUUUACGAUGGAAUUAAGGAAAAUACCAUGACUGACGUUGCUGAUUACAUAAAUCCGGUUAACGAUGUUGAACUACCUAGAGAUGCUGAUGGUUAUGUUAAAUUUGCUGACAAUGAUCAGAGUGUUGGUUAUUACAAAUUGAAGCACACGAAAACUGAAGAUUAUUCCAAAUUUUCUGGAUACAAAUUUUGAAAAGAACAAUUUACUCAUUUAUCGUUUUACAAGUAUAUUUUUCAGAUAACAUUGCCUAGACUAUUAAAUCAUAUAUAUUGAAUAUAAACAAGAAUUAAAAAAAAUCUUUAUAUAAUUUAUAUUUUUAUAUAUCAUGACUUAAAAGUCUUUAUACUGUAGAUAAAAUGAUUGGGUAAAAAGGUAAAAGAGCGUGGAUUAUUUUUGUAUUUCAGUUGUUUUUUGUUCUAUGGUGAGGUAUGAUGUCGUUUUUAUCUUAAUUCUUGUACUCUUGUACAGCGAUACGUUGUUAGACGUUUAUUGUACGUAUUGUGAUAAAAAAUUACUAUAUAUGCUUUCCAAACUGAAGCUGCUCGUUAUGUAGGUAAACUAUCUACUUUAUUCAUUUCUAAUGUCAAUCCUUAUGAAUUUUGGGGGAAUAUUUACUUCAAGUUAGGGGAGACACUGUGGGAGCGUAUAGCGUUUUACAUUUGAGCAGUGAAUAUUAUUGUAUUGAAGGGAGUUUUGUAGCUUUAUUAUGAUCCUUUGCUUAUUUGCUUCUUUACUGUGAUCUAAACUAUUAUUUUCGUGGUGGUGAUAUUGCUGGACGUACUUGAUUUGUUGAAUAUAAUUAUUUGCGUGAUUUUUGUCAAGAUGGUCUUAGAUGAUGCUUUGUUUUUUAAAAAUGUGCUUUGUUUGGUUUGUUUAUAAUAUGUGUAGAACCGUGGCGUAUUGCAUAUACGUGAAAAGAUAUUCUGUAUAUAUUUUUAUUGAAAAAAAUGGUGUUUGAUUGUUUUGGCUGUAAACAGUGGUCAGAUAUGUUUGCUUUUUUAUGUACAUUUUAAGGUAUAAGAAAUUUAAAAAUAGUGUUUUCUAUAAAGAAUAAUGUGAUAGUUAUGCAUGUGUAUAUUAAUAGUUCAACUCAUAAAGACUGGCGUUGCAGCUCUGCAUCGAAAUUCCGACAAAUUGGCUGUCAAAAUCAGACCCGCCCAUAGACCAGUUAAUAUGAAAGCAAGUCAUUCUCCUUGGAAUCAAAUUAUAAACCAUUUUAAGUUUUUUUUUCUAAUUUCCCCAUCUAUCCAUAAUCACAUAAAACAGCUUGUGAAAAAAAAACUAUUUUAGGAAUAAGGAAGGUUAACUAUUUGAAUUAGUUUGUAUAUUACUUACUUUGUACAUAGCCUAAACUAAAUCAUAUUCUUCUAUUGUUUAAUUAUGUCAAAUAUUAUUUCAUCAUUCCGUGUAAAAAUGUUAUACAAACAGUAAGUGAAUUUUCCCGUGACGCUUUUGCGAAAUAAAAUGGUAAAAAUGCACGGCCGUGCAUAUAUUUUGAUAUUACGUCAUUUGCGUUAAACAAACAUAUUGUGAAGACGCGCUAAAUAUUAGCGUUACACUAUAAAUGCGUCAAUGAAAUAUGAUUCUUUUUCACUUUAAACAGUAUUUUAGUUCUGUCAUGAAAAGGAUAUAUUAUAUUCGUGUAGGUGCAUUACUAAAUUUAUUGAACUCGUUAAAUAAAAUAAUAUUCGGCUUGCCAGAGGCCUGCAUUAUAUAAUUUUAUUCAACUCGUUCAAUAAAUUCAGUAUUGAACUGACACUCAUUCAAUAUUCUCUAAAUAUUAAAUUAUUGUAUAAUUGGAAUUGUUACGACGGCAUUCGUUUUUUUAUUAAUGAACUGUUUUGUUAAGUCACGUUUUGUAUUAAUCUUCAUACCAUUUUCAUGUAGUAUUUUCUUCUAGGAGCAAUCUUGCGAAAUUAUAUAGAAAUUGUAUAUCUGCAUUUUGUGAUAAUAGUUUAUCUCUUUUCAUACGCUUAACAAUCAUAUUUUACUUUUUCCAAAUAAAUGCUACAGCUUGGUAAAUGUAAAAAAAUGUAUAGCUAUUAGCUAAUAAAAACAAAAUAAAGAGUU